UGGACGCCUUGAACAGGUGGCGGGCCUCCUCUUGUUCCUCUGCUCGUCUCUCCCCUCCCUCGCCUGCAGCCGCCGCCGCCCGGCCCGCGCGAGGAAGGUCAGAACCGAAGCUCGCGACGGCGCUGUGCUGCGUCGAGGCGACGGGUCGAGGCGCGCCGUCGACCCCCAUCCCCCGUGCCUGCGACCGCGUCCCAGCCGCCGCCCCUACUUCCUCUGCUCCGGUGCUCCCCUUCCAACUCCGACGCCAAGGAAGAGAGGGCUUCCCGUCGGCCGCUCGCUCGUAGCCUGUACCCGUAACGCGCGUGGAGAGGGAAGUUGGCGAGGGUUUCGUCGGCGGGCACGCGGUGGGCGGAGGACUUCGGAUCUGCCAGCACCCAGUAACGGAGUCCUCCUGCUGCUCUCCCUCUUCCCCGCGGCUGCCGGCGACGGGCGCUUCCGACUGUCACGAAUCGAGUGCCCGCCACCUGUUCGACGAAAUGCUCGAGAUGGCUGCUGCGAGUGACAGAGACCCUUUCGGAGACCUCCCUGACGAGCUCCUAUGGCGUGUGCUGUCCUUCCUUCCGGCAGAGGAUGCCCUGCAGACCUGCGUGCUCAACACCCGCUGGCGCGACCUCUGGAGGCGCCUGACCAGCCUGCUAUUCGUCUUUGACGGGCCAACGUUCCCGCGAUACAACCGUUUCAAACAGUUGGUGAAGCUGGUCAUCUGUCUCCGCGGGGACUCGCCUCUCAUCAGGUGCGAGAUCGAUGCCUAUCCUGACGAUGAGCCGGAGAACACGUUCACAAACACCAGGCUGUUGAUUGACUACGCUCUGGCAUGCAAAGCUGAGGAACUCGUAGUAAGAGCAGCUGACAUUCAGUACGACCUACCAGUGUUCGAUGUGCCUCUGAGUCUCAUCUCCCAACACUUGAAGACCCUGCACCUUGAAGGGGUCAACCUCGACCACUCUGCUUUGAAGUUCUCAGGCUGCCCGGUGUUAAGAGGACCUAAGGAUUCAACUUUGCAACAUUCGUGCAUGUGAGAUAUCAUCCAUGUCAACAUUCGCCGACUACUGUUUGUUACCGGACAAUGUCCGUCUUCUGAUUUGUGCCCCGAGUCUUAUCUCGUUGCAUCUAGAGGAUUUCGAAGGCUUGACAACCUUUCCUUGAAAACAUGCCAUUGCUAGAAACAGCCCAUGUUAGCCUUAAAGAUGGAUGCCAUGAUUUCUGUCGCAAGAACAGGCGUAAUUGUGAUGAUCCUUGCUGUGGUUGUCAUGCCUAUCCUAUCAACGAGGCGGUGCUUCUCAAUGGUUUGUCCAAUGCUGUCAAGUUGGACUUGAUUGCUUUACCUAAAAUGUUUCUCUACAGAUGGGAUUUGAAAUGGUGCCGCGUCUUUGGCAAAUUAAAGACUCUGUUACUCAAUGAGUGGUUUACAACUGUUGACCUUGUUUGCAUUCUCCGACACUCUCCAGUUCUUGAGAUACUCACUCUUCAGCUUGAUAACACCGAGAACAUUGUAGGAGCAACAGGGGCCCAAGAAACAAUAACACAAUCAUUUGUGUGUGAACGCCUAAAGUUCGUUUAUAUUGAAUGUGAAAAGGUUGAUGAGGGUGUUCGUUCAAUCUUGAGUAUCUUAAGUACAUGCGGCAUACUUCGUGAGCAAAUUAGCAUCAAGGAGGAUCCAUGUUCGGACUCAGAUUAUUCAUCCCCUGGUAGCUACUCCACUGAUAGUGACUAAGAUGUGUGAUCGGUCAUGAUGUUCAUCUGAAGACUUAUGUUUCUGUAAAGAAUCUGCAAUGGUGGUCAUGUGUUGGCUGUUAGCAUGUGACCGUGAAGUUCUGUUUCUGCUUCCCGUCUUUGGUCUCUGCCGGAAAUCUGUCUUUAUGGUUUGUUUGGUGCAACUUAGCAAGACGUUUUCCACUUUGUCAGGAAUCUGCCGGGAAUCUAAAUGAUGGUUAAAACGUUGUUAUGUUUUAAUAAUCUGCCGGGAAUCUAAGUGAUGGUUACAUACAUGUUCUGUAGAUCAUCAAUAUAUUACCAGUAUUGUAAAUGCA